GGGCCGGGGUGGGCCGCGGACUGGGCAUGCUCGGCAGCCCCGAGGCUCGCGGUGGCAAGUCGGAAGCGUUCGCACCAGCGAGGCAGCGACUGGGCAGCGGCGGCCGCGGGCAGGACGGAGCGGGCAGGGCGGGCCGGGAGGGGCAGACGUCUCCCUAGCGCACGGCGAGCCAGCCGGAGAGCGCGAUCCUGCUGCGGAGCCCGGACACUGCCCUGCCCCGGAUUUCAGUGCGCGGCAGGGGGCUCGGCAAGCGGAAUUCCGGCGGCGGCCGCGACUCCCGUGCAAGGUGAGGGAGCAUGACCAGCCCCGAAUGGGCCCCUGGGCAUUAGCCAUUCGCUUUUCUUUAGGAGAAAGAAGACUGCCGUCCGCUUGAGAGGCAAAGCCCUAGUGACCGAAGAACGGUAGAUCUUCUGAAUUUCGAGGGCAGUGAAGUAGGAGCGUAGCAGAGGGCGUACGCAAGACAACACUUCCGUGUUUCGCCGGACACGUCAGACUAUGGUCACCCUUUAGAGAUGGUUGGAAGGAAGAUUGAUACAGACAAAAGCGACAUGAUUCAGGGCCACCACUAAGAUCUUUGGGGGUUUCCCAGAAGCGUGUGGUUGGGAACAUCAUGAAGGAAGAGACAGGAGCCGACCCGAGGAAGCGUGCGUGAGAAUAACGUGGAAGGAGCCCAUUGGUAGAUGCAGGAGGGCUGCUUUGGGAGGCCUGGAAACUGAGUUUUGGAAGGAUUCAGUAACGGACAGCCACUCCGUGGGGCCUGUCUGUCCAGCGCGAGUCAGACCCUUCUCCACUGUCCAUGGUUUUCAAAGUCUUCCAUACCGAGUGACCAGCCUAGAAAGCUCUUGCCGGCCGGUGAUGGAAGUGAGCUGGAGCAGUGAGAGAAGCUGGUAACUUCUCGGAAGCCAAGAUGACAAGAAUUGUUUUAAAUAAUCAGCUUGUGGACGUGCUCCUACCCUCCUGCUUGUGGAGGCGGGAAGCUGCUGCACAGAGGGACUGGGUCACGUGCCCAAGACCCCACAGCCAGUAACCAGAAGAGCCAAGAUUGAAACUGCAGCCAUCUCUAGACCACCGGACUCACCUUCCUCUCCAGUAAGAGAAAACGGUUAAAGGGAACAUAUCCAGAAGGAAGACGGCCAGGGCGCCAUGAGGUGAGCGCGCCGGCCCCGAGAGCCCCCGAGAGCGGUGUGCGGGCUGCGGGAGCGAGAGCAGCCCCGCACGUCUGGCCACGCACGUCCCCGGCAUGAGGCCGGGCAGCAUGGGCGCGCCGCCGCGGGACCGCUGACCCCCGCCCGCCGGGACCAUGAAGGAGGUGGUGUAUUGGUCCCCCAAGAAGGUGGCAGACUGGCUGCUGGAGCACGCCAUGCCCGAGUACUGUGAGCCCCUGAAGCACUUCACGGGCCGGGACCUGAUCGGCCUGACCCGGGAGGACUUCACGCGGCCACCCCUAUGCCGCGUGUCGGCCGACAGCGGGCAGCGGCUCCUGGACAUGAUCGAGACGCUGAAGGUGGAGCAGCACAUGGAGGCGCACAAGAACGGCCACGCCAACGGGCACCUGGGCGCAGGUGCAGCCGGCCCGGGCCCCGGCCUCCAGGCCAAGCCCAACGGGGUGCCCAACGGCUACAGGAAGGAGAUGAUCAAGAUCCCCAUGCCAGAGCCCGAGCGCUCCCAGUACCCUAUGGAGUGGGGCAAGACGUGCCUGGCCUUCCUGUACGCACUGGCCUGCUUCGUCCUCACCACGGUGAUGAUCUCGGUCGUCCACGAGCGAGUGCCUCCCAAGGAGGUGCAGCCCCCGCUGCCGGACACAUUCUUCGACCAUUUUAACCGGGUGCAGUGGGCCUUUUCAAUCUGUGAAAUUAACGGCAUGAUCCUCGUAGGACUCUGGCUAAUUCAGUGGCUACUCUUAAAAUACAAAAUUGGACUUUCAAGCCACCGACUAGGAAAAAGCCCUGGGGAGUCUCUGCAUUUGUGUCAGACUUCACUGCAAAACAGGUCCAUCAUCAGCAGAAGAUUCUUCUGCAUCGUCGGCACGCUGUACCUGUACCGCUGUAUCACCAUGUACGUGACCACCCUCCCGGUGCCCGGCAUGCAUUUCAACUGCUCUCCGAAGCUUUUUGGAGACUGGGAAGCGCAGCUGCGGAGAAUCAUGAAGCUCAUCGCCGGUGGCGGCCUGUCCAUCACCGGCUCGCACAACAUGUGUGGGGACUACCUGUACAGCGGGCACACUGUCAUGCUCACGCUCACCUACUUAUUUAUCAAAGAGUACUCCCCACGACGACUCUGGUGGUACCACUGGAUCUGCUGGCUUCUCAGCGUGGUUGGGAUCUUCUGCAUCCUCUUGGCACACGACCACUACACUGUGGACGUGGUGGUGGCCUACUACAUCACCACGAGACUCUUCUGGUGGUACCACACAAUGGCCAAUCAGCAAGUGCUAAAAGAAGCUACCCAGAUGAACCUCCUGGCUAGGGUGUGGUGGUACAGGCCAUUCCAGUACUUUGAAAAGAAUGUCCAAGGAAUCGUGCCUCGCUCGUACCAUUGGCCCUUCCCUUGGCCGGUCGUCCACCUCGGCAGGCAAGUCAAGUACAGCCGCUUGGUGAGCGACACGUAAGGGCGCCCGACGCGGGCAAGCGAGGAGCUGUCCGAAGUGCUAGAACUGCACAAGAGAAGAUGCCAUGAACACACCUCCCUGACCCCGUUCUCCUUCAGCAGUUCCCUUGACUUAACCUAUUGAGUUACCUGGUCAGCACUGUGAUCUUUUUUUCUCUCCAAAGGACCUGCGUUGGACAACAAUAAAGAAAAUCUAACCUAUCAUGCACUGUACACAUCUUCCUGUUCAUAAGUUUGGGAUUUCCAUAACCUGCGACCACCAUGUUCCUUUGUAUAUGAUGCAACAGCAUAAAUGUAAGCUUUUAUAUCAUCAGUUCUGGUCUUUCCAGGCACAUCUGGAAAUAAAGCGUAUUAUUUUCUUGGGAAAACAUACUUUUCAUAUCUCUUGCCCCAAAGAUUGGGCUGUAAGCCAUUUUCUAGCAAAUGUCUCUAUGAAGGUUUCUAAGUACCUGAAUGGGGUUUGAUUCUGAAAUCUUUCUACCUGUUGCACCGAUAUUCAAAUAAAAAUGACAGACACAGAAAGGUUCGGUAACUUUGGGUUUUGUAAAAAUCAGCAGAGAGAGUGUGUCAAAAAGUGCAAAAAAAAAAAAGAUUCUGUUAUAAAGCGAUUUUCUAAGUAUUUCCUAACUUUAUUUUUCAAAAUAAUGUUAUGAAAACCAAAUUUAAAGAUUUUUACAUGUCGGAGAGAAGAGAGUUAAAAUUUAAAAAUGCUUCUUGGGAGAGAAAUUUGUCUAUGUUUAUAGUGCCUUUCUUGUCUUGAUUGUAUGGUCAGUAGGCAAUCUUAAAUGUUUUUAUUUAAAAUAAAUAUUCCAUGGAAAUAUAAAUGUAUGUAUACACUACUAAAUUUUGCAUUUAUAGCUAAAUUAAAUCAGAAGACUGCUUAUGGUUUUUAAAUCGCUAUGAAUUAGAGAAUGGGGGAGUCAAUUAGAAAGUCAGAGCCUGUUCCCAUAUUGUGAGCAGGUGGCAAUGACACGUAUACCACUUAAAUUAUUUUAUCAUCUAUUUGGUAGUUCAAUUUUAACUAUACAAUGAAAACAGCCAUGAAUACUUUGUUUUUAAAAAGAGAGUUUUGAAAAUGAUCACUUACCUAAAACUUGAAAGCUCUAAAUUAGUUAUCCGUACUCUCUUGACAAUUUUGUUGGUGAACAACAAAACAGAGAUCUAUUUCUUUAAAACAUAUUUGUGCAGAAACUGCAUGUAACUCGAAGUUUUACUCCCAACAUGAGUAUGUUUGGGGAAGUAUUCUCUUCUAUACUUGCCAAUGUGGAGAACAAAAUAGUUUUUUAAGAAUGAAGAAGUAUAUAUAUCCAUUCUGUAUUUUACGCGGCAGAAUUAUCUUCCGUAGGGUUUUUUUGUGAAUUCACAAGGUGAUAUUUGUAUUGUAAAACAAUAAUGGUGAAGGAAAUAAAAAAGGCUUUUAAAAUUUUGUUUGUUUUAAAUAUUUGUAAAGUUAUUAUUCCAGAGAGUACACUGAUAUCUUAACGGCUUACCUAGAUCAUAAAUUAAUCAAAAUGCACUUUUUAAUAAAACCUGAUACUUAAAAUA